AUGUCACGAGCAGUCCUCAUAUGUGGUGCAACCGGAAAGCAAGGCGGUGCUGUUCUUGACCAACUCGUCAAGCAAAAUGCCGACUUGGAAAUUCUCGCCGUCACCAGAAACCCCAAUUCUCCUUCAGCUCGGAAGCUCAUACAGAAAUCAUCCAACAUCAAGCUGGUCCAGGGAGACUUAUCUGAUGCAGCCACAAUCUUCAAAAAUGCUCGUGAAGUUACAAAGCAAUCUAUCUGGGGAGUUUUCAGUGUUCAGUCCCCUAUGGGUCAAGGAGAUGGCGCUGAAGUAGCCCAAGGAAGAGGUCUUGUCGACACUGCUUUGGAUGCUGGGGUCAAGUUCUUUGUCUACACUUCAGUCGACCGACAUGGCGAAGACUCUUUGAGCAACCCAACUCAGGUACCUCACUUUAUUACAAAACAUGAAAUUGAGAAACACUUGAUUUCCCGUACUGCUGGUACUGAUAUGCAAUGGUUCAUCAUACGACCAGUGGCCUUCAUGGAGAACUUGACAGACAAUUUUCUAGGAAGGUCAUUCGUCACAGCAUGGAAGCUGGUUGUCAAGACUAAACCUCUUCAACUCGUCACAGUGACCGAUGUGGGCAUCGCCGGUGCAAAAGCUUUCCUUGAACCAGAAAAAUACGCGGGUCGUGCUGUGUCACUUGCUGGUGACGAACUGACGCUCGAGGAGUUCGAAAGGAUCUUCAAGGAAAAAACUGGUCGCGAUCUCCCAUACACGUAUAGUCUUGUUGUUUACCCAAUCAUGGCGAUGGUCAAGGAGUUGGGGUAUAUGUUCAAGUGGUUCGAGUACCAGGGCUUCGGUGCGGAUUUGAAGACGUUGAGAAAGGAAUACCCCGAGUUGAUGACAUUCGGAACUUGGCUUGAGACAGAAAGCGACUUUGCUCGCAAGUAG